AUGAAGCUUCUCUAUGCAGUAAAGAUGUUAUUUAUGAUCGAUACAAUGAGUGCAAGGAUUGAACUGGAUGAGAUAAAGGCAAUAGAAGAGAUAGUGUUUGACAAAGAAAAAGACCCGAUGAUUAACCCCCACGGGCCAAUAAGUCCACUGAGGGGAUAUAUUCUGUAUAAGGGCGGGUAUAUGUACAACAAGCGACUAUAUGCGCCUGAAAUAGACACAAUAUGUACUUUAAAAAAAACAAGCAAACUAACAGAUUAUAAAGAUCCCAUCUAUGAAUAUAUUAAAAAACCAGCAAAUGACAUAGCAUACGCAGACAUAUCUAUAGACAAAGCAAGAAACAACUAUCUUGUUAGGUUUCAUACGCAGUUAAUCAAAAUGUUUCCUUGUGCAGACGGGUCACUCUCUAUUAUAGCAGGACGGCCGGAUGCUAUUACAUCGUUUUUAACAAAGAAAGAAGUUCUGCCAGAGAGUAUGUACAUACUGGCUGCUCUUUUUCUUAUGUCAGAGCAGGUCGACAUCCCAAUUAUAGCGGAGGUGAAAGAAGAAGGACAGGAGAGACUGGUUCUAAAGAGUAUGGAUAAGAAUCACACAUAUGUUGACCAGAGCUUAGUUUUAUAUGAAGACAGUAAACAGUUAAAAGAUGAAGAGAAGAACUAUCACACUGAGACAGUGGGAGUUAUUUCUUUCUUAAGAAGCUAUAUAGGGGAUCGACUUAUGCACCCUAGCACGAAGAAUGCAUUCAUAGAGCCAACUAACUAUGAACAGUUUAUGACGGGAGAAUUUUUGAAUACUCCUCAGUUCCUUAUCCAGUCGUAUAUAUUCGAGUUUAUUGACACCCCAAAGAAGUACAUUGAGUUUGUAGAGGCUGUAUACACUCUCUUGACCGACCAGAUUGAGCAUGCAGAAUUGAGCACAGACAAACACCCAGACAGCCCUUCAAUCUGUGAAAUGCCAACAAACAAGAACUUAACUCUUUAUAAAGUGAAAACUAGCAAGAAAGUGCUUAAAAAGGCGUUUGAUCGGUGCUUCGUAGAGAAGCCAGUGGGAAUGGCCCGAUUGGAACUGAACGCUCCUAUAUACAAACUGAAAGAAUGGAUUGACAGAUUUAGAACAUUCCCUUUUAAUGACUCAACACAGCUGCCUGCGUACACCAGAGUACAUAUAUAUAAAAGAAAAGACAAUGAGUUUGAAAAAGAAGAAACUAAAAAGUACUCUAACUGUGUGGAGACGGCUUUACUGGGUAUACUGUGUGCUUUAGCAUAUAAUCCAGUAGAAAACAUUUACACUACAGACCAUAUACCAACUGCAUCUGCCGACCUACAAGAAUUCUUUAAAAGUUAUAACACUCCUUCAGAAACAACAGACCAGAAGAUACACCAAGAGUGGUGUAGGGUUGUAGCUGAUCUUGGAAAAGACUGUAUUGUGUAUAAGACAGAAAACAAUGAAAUUGUAAGUGGGCUCGUAAACAUUCUCUAUGUUUUGUCUGAGAUAACAGGAAAUAUUCCAAAAGUAGUAGAAAUAGUACAGUUCAUAGAAAGUAUGUGCGCCAAUGAAUGCUUAGACAAUGUUAGUGCAAUACAAGAGAAGAUAUCUGAAAUGUUCAAGCUUCUAUCUAAGAACCCAGAAGUAUGGAUUAUUUGCGAUUCACUUAAGAUCGACAAAAGAUCAACCAAGCAAACAGAUAUAUUUGGUAAGAUAACAGUAUAUUACAGCUACAAAAACACAGAAAAUGGAAUGUUUGUGGACAUUCGCCCAGGGCACGCGGUACUUAGGAUAGUGGCAGAGAAUGGUUUCAACACAGAGUUAAUCCGAAGCAAGCUUAAGAAAAUUGAGCAAGUAUACAGCACCCUACCAAACUACAUGGGAUACAUCAUAAAACAGUAUGCCAGUAUUGAAUUAGCUAAAAUAGAUCAUAUAGAGGAUGAAUUUGGAUAUAUUCCCAAGAAACAGAUUAGAAAGUCUCUGAUCGGUGAAAUUUCCAAUGUGCAGAAGCUAUUUCUACUUGGAAGGAUAUAUUCAUUGGAGUGCAAGGCGUUUAUCAUCUGGUCGUUCUUUUCCUCGACUACUGGCCACAUCAUGCCUCUAACCAACCCAAUGGUUCGAUUCACAAAAAAUAUUAUAGGAAGCACUUCGCUAGAUGAUGCAGCUACAAGACAGGCGAUCUUUAGUGCAAGUGUAUUUAAUCCUAGAGCAGAAGAAUAUUACCCCACGAUUGAAUAUACGACACAGGACUAUAUUAAGCAUGACUUUGACUCUGAAAUAGUCUUAUAUCUAUUAAAGGGCAUAUUCACAUGGGCGAAAUAUAGUGAAGACGUUCUGAUUGAGUGCUUUGUGAACAUGCUCAACUCUAUUUCCUAUGCUAAUAGAUUCUCCUCGUUUCUUAAAAGAUAUCAGAUAUAUAAAAUUAUACUGGAAUUUGUAAAAACAGAAAAGGAUUUAUUAGCUCGGAUGGCCUGGAUUAUGGACUCUGUAGAAAAAGCAUCUUUAGAAAACCAUGAAAAAAAGCAUGUUAAUGAUAUCUACAUCCAUUGGUUUAUUUAUAGUUUUGACGAGCAUAGAGUAGAUUUAAAUAUUAUUAUGAAGAUCUAUGACAGAAUAGAUUAUAAUAAUUUUAUGCCCAAUUAUAAAUUGUGCAUUAACUCGGGAAACUCUUAUUCUAGAAUUCUCACUUUCUUAAAUGAGAAAAAGAACAACUUCUGUAAUGAGAAUAACCCACAAAGUAUUAAAAAGUAUGAAAGAAUUAAGAGUAUGGUAGAAGUUGCAGUAGAAAACAGAUCGCGUAGAAGCAAUUCUACUGAAUAGUUACACAAUACAUAGAAAUCUAAUAAAAAUGUACCAAU